UGGGGUUGCGCCGCGCGGCCCGAGCUCUGCUGCUCCGCCUGCCUCUGCCUGCGCAUCUCUGUGCCGCUGCUUCCCUGCACCCCGGCCCGGCUCGCCCGCACCCGGGAGCUCACUCGCCUUUUCGCCGCCGCCGCCGCCGCCGCCGCUGCCUCCUGGACCAUGACCAGCUGCUGGCAGCUGCAGAACUGCCGGGCCCUGCGACUGGCCUGGCCUCCUCCGGGCGUUAAUCUCCGCCCCCGCCGCCCUCUCCCGCCUCUGCCUGCGGCGGGGCCCCGGCCUGGGCCCGGCCCCCACCCGCUCCGAAGCUACAGCGGGGGUCCGGCCCGGCUGCCCCAGGCCCUGCUGCGCACGGACGCCUUCGUGGGGGGCCGCUGGCUGCCCGCCGCCUCGGGCACCUUCCCCGUGCAGGACCCGGCUAGCGGUGCCCAGCUAGGGCGCGUGGCCGACUGCGGGGCGGCCGAGGCCCGGAGGGCCGUCAGCGCUGCCCACCAGGCGUUCUCCAGCUGGAGGGGCGUCUCUGCCAAGGAAAGGAGUGUAUUACUGCGAAAAUGGUAUGAUCUGAUGAUAAAGAAUAAAGAUGACCUUGCCAAGAUAAUCACAGCUGAAAAUGGAAAGCCUCUAAAGGAAGCCCAAGGAGAAGUUCUGUAUUCAGCUCUUUUCCUGGAGUGGUUUUCUGAAGAAGCACGACGCAUUUAUGGAGACAUCAUUUAUACCCCUGCAAAGGAUAAGCGGGGCUUGGUCCUGAAGCAACCUGUCGGGGUAGCUGCCAUUAUUACUCCAUGGAAUUUUCCCAGUGCUAUGAUUACCCGAAAGGUGGGAGCAGCUUUGGCAGCUGGUUGCACAGUGGUAGUAAAACCUGCAGAAGAUACACCUCUAUCUGCCCUGGCUCUUGGUGAGCUUGCCAACCAAGCAGGAAUUCCUGCAGGUGUAUAUAAUGUGGUUCCUUGCUCUCGUCAGAAGACCAAGGAGGUUGGGGAAGCUCUUUGCACUGAUCCAUUGGUAUCCAAAAUUUCUUUUACUGGCUCAACAGCAACAGGAAAGAUUCUGUUGCACUAUGCUGCUGACUCUGUGAAGAGGGUCUCCAUGGAGCUAGGGGGGCACGCCCCAUUUAUCGUGUUUGACAGUGCCAAUGUGAACCAAGCAGUGGCAGGGGCCCUGGCUUCCAAAUUCAGAAAUUCUGGUCAGACAUGUGUCUGUUCGAAUCGUUUCUUGGUGCAAAAGGGGAUCCAUGAUUCCUUUGUGAAGAAGUUUGCUGAAGCCAUUAAUAAGGAACUUUGCGUAGGUCAUGGAUUUGAAGAAAGGACCACCCAGGGUCCAUUGAUUAAUGAAAAGGCGGUGGAAAAGGUAGAGAAGCAGGUGAGUGAUGCGGUUUCCAAAGGAGCCACCAUCGUGACCGGAGGGAAAAGGCACAGCUUUGGCAAGAACUUUUUCGAGCCGACCCUCCUCAGCAACGUCACCUCAGACAUGCUCUGUUCUCAGGAAGAAACCUUUGGCCCCGUGGCCCCAGUGAUUAAAUUUGAUACAGAGGAAGAGGCUCUAGCUAUUGCCAAUGCAAUGGAUGUGGGUUUAGCAGGUUAUUUUUACUCUCAGGAUCCAGCGCAGAUCUGGAGGGUGGCUGAGCAACUGGAAGUUGGUAUGGUUGGGGUUAACGAGGGACUGCUGUCCACAGUGGAAUGCCCUUUCGGUGGGGUGAAACAAUCUGGUCUUGGACGAGAAGGCUCAAAGUAUGGUAUUGAUGAAUAUCUGGAACUGAAGUAUGUGUGUUAUGGUGGCUUAUAGGAAUCAUCAGGUGUUCUGUAGCCAAAGGGGAAAAUCCCUCUAUACGUGUAGAGAAAUGCUAUCUCAUAUAUUUUUAAUAAACCUUUAGAGACCCAUAAAUGUGAAUUUUUUUAAAUUUUACUCAUCCAGUCCCACAUCAUUCUGUAAGUUAGCUGACAGCGUUCCUCAGAUACUUGACUAAAACAAGAGGUGAAACGUGUUAAGUGUCCUUUCUGCUUUGAGGUGGACUUUUAGGUUGUGAUUUCCAGCCUUACCAUGGUGCUGCCAUCCCCUACUGUGAAAAAGAGCAUCCCUCUCGCCAUGGUUAGGAAGGGGUGGUUAGUACCAAAAGCACCAGAAUAACCAUAUAUUAAGCCCAUUUCAUCUCUAACAAGGCUCUCAUACUAUGGCAGGCCUGGAGAAAAUGCCUUCUUGCACAUUCUGGCUGCCUGGGCAUUGCCAUCGAGGUGCAAUCUG